CAAAGGUCCUGUCAGAGCUGUCUCCCCUCCUGCAAGAGAAGUACGUGCCGCAUCACAUGGUCCCCCACCCUGGAGUGUGCCUGAGGCCCAGCUGCAGCUCCCUGCAGGGCCAGUCGCUGAUGCAAUCCGCAGCCCAGCGCUCGCAGCUCUCCAUCUUCCGUGCUCCGCGACCCUGAGCGCCACGUGUCGCCGCCGCACCGCAGCUGGAGGAGACUCAGACCUGCGCCCAGGAGCUGGAGCCCCGACACCCGCACGAGCAAUGAAGGACUGCAGUAAUGGAUGCUCGGCGCCCUUUGCUGCAGACAGAGGAUCAGAAGUGGCUGAGACUUUUAGGGCCAAAGACCUCAUCAUCACACCAGCCACUGUCUUAAAGGAAAAGCCAGACCCCGAUACCCUGGUGUUUGGAGCUUCCUUUACUGACCACAUGUUGAUUGUAGAGUGGUCCUCAGCAUCUGGAUGGGAGAAGCCUCACAUUAAACCCUUUGAAAACUUGUCUAUACAUCCUGCUGCCUCAGUUUUGCACUAUGCUGUGGAACUGUUUGAAGGCUUGAAGGCUUUUCGAGGAGUUGAUAAUAAGAUCCGAUUGUUUCGACCUGACCUCAACAUGAGGAGGAUGUGCCGAUCUGCUGUGAGGACCACUUUGCCGGUGUUUGACCAGGAGGAGCUUCUAGAAUGCAUUCGGCAGCUUAUACAGAUAGACCAAGAGUGGGUUCCGUACUCCACCUCUGCCAGUCUGUAUAUCCGCCCCACGUUUAUUGGAACUGAGCCAUCCCUUGGAGUCAAGAAGCCUUCCAAAGCCCUGCUCUUUGUGGUCCUGAGCCCUGUGGGACCUUACUUUUCUAGCGGAACCUUUAAGCCAGUGUCACUGUGGGCCAAUCCGAAAUAUGUCAGAGCCUGGGAAGGUGGGACUGGGGACUGCAAGAUGGGCGGCAAUUAUGGCGCGUCCCUUUUGGCGCAGUGCGAGGCAAUGGAGAAUGGCUGUCAGCAGGUCCUCUGGCUGUAUGGCCAGGACAACCAGAUAACGGAAGUGGGCACGAUGAAUCUGUUCCUCUACUGGAUAAACGAACAUGGAGAGGAAGAGCUGGCGACACCUCCGCUAGAUGGCAUCAUUCUCCCAGGAGUGACGAGGCAAAGCAUCAUAGAGCUGGCACAACAGUGGGGUGAGUUUAAGGUGUGUGAGAGGUACCUCACCAUGGAUGACCUGACCACUGCCCUGGAGGGGAACAGAGUGAAGGAGAUGUUUGGCUCAGGGACGGCCUGCGUUGUCUGUCCAGUUUCAGAUAUUCUGUACAAGGGCCAGAUGCUGCACAUUCCAACAAUGGAGAACGGCCCGAAGCUGGCAAGCCGCCUCUUGGGCAAACUGACUGAUAUCCAGUAUGGAAGGGAGGAGAGCGACUGGACAAUCUUGUUAUCGUGAUGGAAAAACUCAGUGUGUUGAUGGUGUGCCACAGAAGACAGACCUCUGCCCUGAACGGCGACUGCCCGUCAAUAGUUUUGCAUAUUGUAGUUGCAGUGUUCAUGUGUUACCAAGUUGAGGUUUUCCCUUGAGCCACAGGAAAUUGCCAACGCCAAAUGUCACCUGCACCAUGUAGUGAUCGCCAAUGCCAAAUGUCACCUGUACCGUGUAGUGAUUGUCAACGCCAAAUGUCACCUGUAAACGUGGUAGUGAUUGCUUACUGUAGCUUUCUCUACUGUAGCUUUCUCUGGAAAAGGUAAUGUUGAAUGCCUCCCCUUGUCCUGCACAAGAUCCAAAAGUCUGCUCCUUCAUAGAAGGUAGAGUUCCCAGCCAAUGAGACAUCUGUAUAUAUGGAAGAAUGAUCUGAGGACAUUCCAUUGGUGACAGCUCAGGGUAUCCUCGAGAACACAAAGCAGGGCUUUUGGUUAUUGUUGCUGGUGAGGUUUGGGUUUUUUUUUGGGGGGGGGGUUGGACUCCCUAGGUAGCCCUGGCUGUCAUGGUAACCUCUAAUGUCUGCCCAGGCUCCUGUCUCAGCCUUCUGAUUGGCAGGUGUGCACUGUCAUGCUUUGAUUUGUUUCUGUCUUUUAAUCAAAAAAUCUGGUUACCUGGAUUUCUUUCCCCCAUGGGUUUACAGGUUCUUAUGUCCAAGCUAAGGGGGCUCUGUUCCUUCUCGGUGUCAUGGUCUGACCCAGUCUCAAAUUGGGUAUCUGUGAGGCUCAAGCUCAUUGUCCCCACUGUCUUUUUUACCUAGUAUUAUAACUGGAUGCUCAUUGUGCUGCUAUGAGACUAGGGGUCCUAUGUCUUCUAGAUCUUUGUAUCCUCAAAGCCCAGCACACAGUAGGUAUUCAGUACGUGUUUACUAUAAAAAUGAACAUAGGAGUGGACUUUCUGUCUCUCCAUGCAGAAACACUUUUGGAAGUCAUGCCUGACUCCGGCAGCAUGUAGCAGUAUUACUCAUGCUGUCUCUCUUGUCUAUGGACUCCUACAUCACUAGAAGGAUCAUCUUAUAUUUUAAGAUUAUCUUGGAGCUGAAGUGACCACCCCGGACAGAAUUCAUGAAUGUACAUUAAGUGUUGAAUGCCAAAGAGAGGGGCAGAUAGGGAGAUACACUCUGGGUUUUGAUAUUAAUCUACACUGUGUACCAUUCUCUUGGGUGAGCAGUAAUGAACACCUGGCUAGCUGGGUAACAGAAUAAUUCCAGACAGUGUUUUCCUUGUUUAGGAAACUGUGAGCGAGAAAUUCUUUUAUUUCCCAGUUUGUCAGGAGAAAGUUGGGUCCUGAUAGAAAACACUCACCCUUGGAGAGUUGGUGCUCAACCAUGGUACCAUGGCUUCUUGGUCACAGUGGCUUUCAUCUUGCUGAUGGAACUUGGGUCUCUUCAGAGACAUUAGAGACAUCCCUUAAGACAUUUGACCACACAUAGCACUUUGGUUCCAUUGGGGAAGGAGAACGUGGAAGGAGAUGGUAAAAAUAGGUCUUAGGGGGCCUUUCCCUUGGCGAUCAUAGGUCUUGGGUGAGGGUGCCCUGCUGCUCCCCACCCUUGUCCUGCACAUGUUCAUGAGGUAGCAUCCUAAGAGAUGCUUCUGGCUUCCCACACCCUUUGACCUCAUAGUCUAUGUCUAGGAGAGACUUGCAGGUGUAUUAGCUGUCAAGUAGCCCAGAGUGGCCAGACCGAGUCCUCUGAGGAGGGAGAUGACUUGUCUGCCCUGAGUCCACUUAAGACUCUACAUUUCUAAAUGAGAGUGGCCCGUGUGACCGUUAGAGAGCAUGUGUCAUGACCUCUUACAUAAAGAGUGGCCUGUGUGACCGAUAGAGAGCAUGUGUCAUGACCUCUUACAUAAAGAGUGGCCUGUGUGACCAUUAGAGAACAUAUGUCAUGACCUCUUCCAUAAACACCUGUUGAGUUUUUCAUCAGACUUUGUUAAAGGAAGGCAGGACACACAUUUAAAAACAAACAAACAAACAAACAAACAAACCCUGGAGGUCUGAUACAGAGGGCAGCCUGCCGUUCUUACUGAAGUAACAGGACAGGAAGCCAACCUUUGAAAUGACUUCUUUCGUAGACAUGAAAGGGACGUCUGGAAUUCUCUUUUCCUUGUGCAUUAUUUGUUUAAUUGCAGGGGCGUAACGCAGCAACCAGGCACUUAGCCCGUCUUCCAGACUCACUUAUCCCAACAUUAAUUGAUCAUUUAAGGCAAGAGACAGUGUAGCAUUAAGAACAUGUUAGGCUAAUCUGCUGGGCGCAGUCCACAAGUUAAUACUAUUGCUGAUAUCUGCAUAACCGACUGCAAUUAUUUCCUGUUUAAUCGGGUUGAUCAAAUGAGAUUCAGCCAGUCACAUGUGAGCGGGCGUAGACGUAACUAAACGCAGCCGGUAGCUAAGAUGAUGGUUAGCUUAAUUUGAGUGUCUUGGUUUGUCAGCUUUCCCGAGAACACAUGUGACAAUUGGGAGUUUGAAAGGCAGAGAAUCUGAGCCUUGGCUAAUCUGGUUGGCUGAUGGAAAUGUAGUUGUUGGAAUCCGAAGAUUCCACUAAGGGUGCUUAAGCAGAGGCCACGGGUCCUGAGGAGUGCUUGGAGCUGUUGCAGCGAAGCAGGCGGGACUACAUAAACGGGUGGUUUCUGGAAGCCUGUGCUUCACUAGCACAAGAGGAAGUGGCCGAGAAACACUGUUUGGGAGCUGUGGUUUUCCUGCUGGAAGAAACAUGCUACGGUGGGUGUAGGGUGAUGGUUCACUGGUUAGGAGAGCUUACUGCUCUUGCAGCCACCAGGGUUCAGUUCACAGUACCUAUCUGGCAGCACACAAAUCCCCAGUUCCAGGGGAUUUGAUGCCCUCUUCUGGCCUUCAGGGGUAGCUGCAUGCACAUGGUACACAGAUAAGUCUGUCAGGCCCACAUAAACAUAAAAUAAUCUUAAAAGAAACAAGCUAUGUGGCGGUGCAGCGUCAGCUCUGUGAAGAGGUGGAGAGCCUACCUCGGUCACUCUGGGAUAGAACCCUUGUUGUAUCAGUUGUUGCUUGAUAAUAACACAUCAGAACAAGAAACCCUCCCUCUGCUGAGCGUUCCUGGGCUGUGGAGACAGCUUUGAGAACAAACUAGGCAAAAGGGUAGAAGGACUUCAUGUCAGCUCCACUUUCAGUUUGCUUUAAGGGAAUUAAAAGUACAAAGCUGCCCCUGUAAAUUCUUUUCUUUGCCUUCCUAGCUCUGUGUUCUACAGAGUCCAGUGUCCUUUCUUCAAAAUUGCGACCAAGGCCAGUGGCCUCUCCGAAGACAGCAGUUGCUUUCUAAGCUAUUUAGAGCAAUAGAUACUUUUUGGUCACAUCAAGUCCAAGGCCUUCGCCAAUCUUUCAUGUCCUGACCUAAAUAAGGUAUAGGAACUCUUCCUUGCUGAGUGGGUUUCUUAGGAAUAUGCAAACGCUGCAGUCACAGGCAAUGGGCCCAGGAAGUGGUUUCAUGGACCCGUCAUCAUAGCAACUGUCACUUUGUUUUGAUAAGGGCAGAAUUUGUUCCUCUUUCUAUGCUCUUCAUAUUUCUGCCCCCAAAGCAGCAAAGGGUUCAGAUUUUUUUUUUUUUUGUAUUACGUGUUACUGGACAGAGGCAUGCCCACAAUGUACACCUCACACAGCCAGCAAUACGAUAGGAAAUUCACAUAGAAAAUAAAUAGCAUGGAAACAUUA